UUCAUUUGAUGCUUCUACCCUAUAUAUUUGCUGCAAUUCUCACCAAUUUUUGUUCUUUCUAAUUGUUGGCUGCUAUUUUUAACAUUUUCUAGGUUUCCUUGACUGAUAGAAUUCAUUUUCUUGGCACGUUGUUGUUGAUUCUGCAUUGUAUUGGCUGUAUUUGUGUUUGCUCUUGUAAUUGCUGGACAACCAAAGCAAACCCCUCGUUGUUUUGUUGUUUGUUUUUAAUCUGUUUAUGAUACAACAAAUGAGUAGUUGCCUCUACAUCCAGUAGCUGUGAAUCUGUUGACUUGACUUCUUUAUUUGGAUUUUCAUCUGUUUCUCUCAAUUGAUCCUAAAAGUGUCUGACUAAUAAAACAGGUGAUAUUUGCAGGGGGUAGUUUUGAGCUCCUUCGAUGGCUGAAAUCGUAGUUAUGAAUUAUCAUUUAAGUUUCAGAUACUCAAAGAUCAUGACUCAGUCUGUCAGUAAUAGCAGUGGGAAGAAGCUUAUUCGAAUUGAUGUCAGUUCAGAUACUGCAUGCCCAUGGUGCUUUGUUGGAAAGAGAAAUCUAGACAAAGCUAUAAAUGCUUCUAAAGACCGAUUUGAUUUUGAGAUCAAAUGGCAUCCAUUUUUUCUUAAUCCAUCUGCCCCUAAAGAAGGUGUAAAUAAGCUGCAGUAUUAUAGGGAAAAGUUCGGAUCCCGAACUGAUGGAAUUAUAGCUCGGAUGACAGAGGUUUAUAGGGGUCUUGGCCUGGAAUAUAACAUAUCUGGUCUCACAGGCAAUACUUUGGACAGCCACAGGCUUGUAUUUUUUGCUGGCCAACAGGGUCUUGACAAGCAACAUAAUCUUGUAGAGGAGCUGUUCCUAGGUUACUUCACUCAGGCUAAAUACAUUGGUGAUAGGGAAUUUCUUCUGGAAUGUGCUGCAAAAGUUGGGGUAGAGGGAGCAGCAGAAUUCCUUGAAGAUCCCAAUAAUGGUGUAAAGGAGGUCAACGAUGACCUGAAGAAGUACUCGGCAAAUAUCACAGGGGUCCCAUACUACGUGAUCAGUGGAAAGCACGAGCUAAGCGGCGGCCAGCCCCCCGAGUUUUUCCUUAGAGCUUUUGAAGCUGCUGCAAGUUAACUGCUUCUCUCUGUUAACCCUGUCUCAUUGUAUGCCUACAAGUAUUGCUUUGCGGUAUUGGACUAAUAAAGGGACGUGUUUCUGCUGCUAGUUGUUGAAUGAGACAAAUUAAAAAAAAAAAAAGUUUACAGCAAGUGAGAGAUUUUGGCUUGGCUUUGUAGCCGUUGCUGUAUAUGAACCAUAAUUGUAUUAUUAGAACAUGUUUUCUGACAA